CCAACAAAGUGACAAGAAGCUUCACCAUCACCUACAGUCAUAGCAUAACACAUUUAUGAUACUUAUAAAGUAUCAAGAUUCUUUAACCAAGAUUGGAAUCAGAGUCUUUGAAAUCACUUAAUUAUAACUAUUUCAGUAUUUUAGAUCUCCUAGAAGUUUUCUGAGCUUUUGGUUUUGAAGAUCAAGCUCAUGAUAACAAUAGUCACUUGCUUACUACUUUGGUUACUAUCAAUCUUCAUCAUCUUCAACCACCAGCUUCAUAAUGCUACAACCAACGGUAAGAUCCAUUCAUAUUUUGGUCUUGUUUAGUCAAGAAUGCUCAUUUGACUUAGUAAUUAAUUCUCUUGUAAUAGGUUCAACGGAUUCCCGAAAACCGAGAGAUAAACUGUUAGGAAGGCUACUUACUGAAGAGUUUGAUGAAGAUUCUUGCUUGAGUAGGUAUCAGUCUUCCUUUUAUCGCAAGCCUUCACCAUACAAACCAUCCAGAUAUCUCGUCUCUAAGCUUAGAAGCUACGAGAUGCUUCACAAGCGUUGCGGUCCUGGCACAAAAGCUUACAAGAAAGCAACAGAGAGUCUUGGUGAAAAUUAUUCAAGCAAAUCUGUUGGUGAAUGCAGAUACAUUGUGUGGAUUGCUGUUUAUGGGCUAGGAAACAGACUACUUACUCUUGCUUCUUUGUUUCUCUAUGCUCUCUUAACUGACAGAAUCAUGCUUGUUGACCAACGCAAGGACAUAAAGGAUCUCUUAUGUGAGCCUUUUCCAGGUACUUCUUGGCUACUCCCUCUGGAUUUUACACUAACAGAUCAGUUAGAUAGCUUCGACCGGGAAUCUCCUCGUUGUUACGGAACAAUGUUGAAGAAUCAUGCCAUUAACUCGACUACAAUCAUCCCCUCAUACCUCUGUCUUUAUCUUAUUCCCGAUUACGUGGAUCAUGAUAAGAUGUUCUUCUGUGAAAAAGAUCAACUUCUCAUCAGGCAAGUCCCUUGGUUGGUCUUCAACUCAAAUCUUUACUUCAUUCCAUCUCUAUGGUUGAUCCCUAGUUUUCAAUCUGAAUUAAGCAAGCUAUUCCCACAGAAAGAAACCGUCUUUCACCAUCUGGCUCGCUAUCUUUUUCACCCGACUAACCAUGUUUGGGGUAUGAUCACAAGAUCCUACAAUGCUUAUUUAUCAAGAGCUGAUGAGAGACUUGGAAUUCAAGUAAGAGUUUUUAGCAAGCCCGCUGGAUAUUUCCGGCAUGUCAUGGACCAAAUCUUAGCCUGUACACAAAGAGAGAAACUAUUACCUGAAGUGUCUGUCUGAGAAUCACAAGUCACUAAUAAUACAUCAAGAAGCUUGAAACUCAAAGCUGUUCUUGUCACUUCUCUUUACCCAGAGUACUCGGAGAAUCUAAGGCAAAUGUACUGGGAAGGCUCAAGUUCGACAGGAGAGAUAGUACAAGUUUACCAACCAAGCCAAGAAAUGUAUCAGUAAACAGACAAUAAGCUUCACGACCAAAAGGCACUCGCUGAGAUAUAUCUUCUAAGUUUAACGGACCACAUUGUCACGAGCGACUCAUCUACGUUCGGGUACGUUGCUCAAGGUCUUGGAGGAUUAAAGCCAUGGAUACUCUACAAGCCAAAGAACAACUCAGCUCCUGAGCCACCAUGUGUUCGUGCCGUGUCAAUGGAGCCAUGUUUCCUUAGAGCUCCACUCUAUGGUUGUCAAGCUAAGGAAGUGAAAAUCACCCCUUUUGUUAUGUAUUGUGACGAUCGGAUCACGGGCCUUAAGCUAGUUGAUUCAAAUUAGAAAUCACAUUUUUUUUAUGGGUUUGUGUGUUUUAUUUGACCUAAAACCCACUAGUUUUUUUUUUUUUUUUUUUUUUUUUUGUGUUUUUCUUGGAUCACUAGUUUUAAAGUUCAUAUAUUUAUUUAAUGAUUUCUAAAAAGUAGUUAAAAUCUGGUGUUAUUUAUUAUUUUAUUUCUCAUUAUGGAAGUGAAUCUUGUUAUCUUAGAAAUAUUUUUGUAAGUACACUAGCUAGUUCAAAUCCACAUGGUAAUUAGAAUGAAGCUUCACGACAAAUUAAGAUUAUGAUAAUGAAUUGUUACAUGAUAUGAUAUGGUCAGAUGGACUAUGUAUGUUCUGGACCUUCUGGUUUUGAUCAAUUUAGUUUUGUAAAAGACAUUGUUAUUAUGUAAAUAAAUGUAAUUGAGUUAUUUAAGGUUGCGAUUUCGAAUCUCGUAAUGUUUCGAAAUAUAUACAUGUGGAAAGAAAUCUAGCAAAAAUAAUUGUAGUAAGGUUUUUUCAAGAUUUUGUUUCCUUCACUUUGGACAAGAGUGAUUUAAGGUUUUCUCCAAAUUACGACAAAGAGAAAACCUUUUUCUCCAAACUCGUUACGACAAAGAAAGAACCUUAGUACAAAUUAAGUAAUAUCGAAAUCACGAAAAAAACUUCUCAAAAUAUAUGGAAGUAAUUUUCAUAUGGUUUAUAGAAAUUAUAUUUAAUUC